AGGUCUUUAAAGCGUGUUGUAUGUGUUUGUCCUCUUGUUUACGGUCUCUUUCUUCUGUUAUUAUGUUUGCUCGGUGAUAUAAUGUUCUGAUUACUGACAUUUUGUGUAUAGUGGGGUGUUCUGAUGUCCAUAAUAUAUAUUGGUCUGUGUGUGUUGGUUUCCUGUAUGUGUUUAUGUUUAGGGUCCCGUCGGUCUGCCUGGUGAUUUUCUUAUCCAUAAAUGCUAUACUGCCUUCUGUUCCUGACUCAUAAGUGAACUUUAUGCUGCCCGUGUCGUCAAUGUUAUUCAAGUGUUGUGUUAGUGUUUCUGUUUGUCCUUUUGCUAUGAUUUCCAGUAUGUCUACGUAGCGUUUCCAUAGUUUUAUUUUGCAGUUUGGGGGGGCGGUGGCUAUGGCUUUUUUUCCAGGUCUUCCAUGAAAAACUCGCACAGGGUGGCUGAUAACGGGUUACCCAUGGUGAAGUCUUCUAGUUGUUUGUAUAUUGUGUUGUCGUAUGUGAAGUAAGUGGAGUUAGCUACCAGUCCUAUCAGUUGUGCUAUGUCAUCUGCUGUGAGGUUUGUCCUCAGUGGUCUCCUUUAAAAAGCAGCUGAAGACUCACCUGUUCAGGCUUCGGUGGGACCUCCUGUUCAUCCUCUUCUUCCUCCCUGGCUUCUUUUCAAGAUGUUUGUCAAUUAUGUCUUUCAGAAUCCUGUGGUUUCUUUUUCUUUGACAUUUUUUAAAUGUAAUUUUUCCCUUUUCCCCGUAUUUUGGUUUAAUGAUUUAUAAUUUGUUGAAAUUUUUAUUGUUGUUCUUGUGAAGGACCUCGUGAUUUCAUCCGGAGGCGCUAUAUAAAAGCUUUCUUCUUUUAUAAAUCCAUCCCAAUUCCUCCCAAACACUCGAGCACCAGCAGAUCAGCCACUUGUGAUGAAGAGUUUGUUCCUUCGUAAUGUGACGUUACUUCAGUCUGAAGACCUGCUGUUGAAGAUGACUAGCUUGAUUUUCCUCCUCCAGCUUUUCUGCAGCGUUCUGACCAGUUUUUCUGCUGAUGAAGCAACUUUGAACAGUGAGUAAAAUGCUUCUAUGGUUUAAAAAGGGUUAGAUUAAACAUUUUAGUCACUGUUUAGUUAUCUUCUGAUAAAACGGGGCUGAUGUUCAGCUGGAGUGAUGUCAUCAGCUGCAGCUCGACUCAUUUACUUUUAUUCUCACAUUGCAGCAGAAGUGUCCGUAACUAAAGAUCAGCACCUUAGAAACGAUCCAAAAAGGUUUUAUUUUAACAUUAAAGAGAGAAAUGAGCUUUUUUUAAAUUCUGCUUGAGAAUCUUUUUAGUGGAUGGAUCUUUACUGCACCUGAAAUCCAAACUCAUCAGAUCAGGAAAGAUUUUCCAGUCUCUUCUGAUCCAGUCCUGGUGAUCCAGUGGGAGGUUUAGUCUCUGCUCUUGGCCUACAGGAGAGCCACCUGGUGGGGUCUGCUGCUGCUGGAGUCCAUCUGGAGCAGCUGGUGUGCUUCUGCAGACCUAUAGGGACCAGUCUGUCUAGCUUUUGGAGACCCUAGUGAUGAUUGUGUGUAUAAAUCCCAGUAGAUCAGACCAGUCUGGUACAACAGAUGAUCACACCACAUUCAAAGUCCUUAAUUCUCCAUUCUGAUGCCCCAUCUGACCUUCAGCAUGUUGUCUAGACGAGCUGGCGCCUGAUUGGCUGACUGAAUCUGACUAAACCAAAACACUUAACCUAAUUUUUCCAGGUUCCUCCAUCAGAGAGCUCCUUUUGUCAUGUCACAAGGAAAGCCUUCAGAUUGUGACUAAAUACUCUAAACAAAGGUAUCAGCUGUUCGUCCUCUACCUGAGACAUUCUGUCCAUUGAAGGACAGAAGAGACCUAAAUGUCCUCCCAUCUGUCCUUUUCUGUCGUCUUAUGGAGUAGUGAGUUCAGGUUUCAUCCACAAGCCAAGCCUGAGACCCAAGAGUUCUCCAGAGCAGGAGAAGUUUUUCAUACGAUGCUUCAGGUUCUGAAGAAAAGAGCGGAACAGGAACAUGAGCGGGUCUUCAGAGCAGCAGACUUGCUGUCUGAGGAGAACCUGCAGCUUCUCGCUCAGCUGUCUGAGUGUCCUGCAGCCCCGAGUCCAGACCUGUGUGAGUCGAGUCGACAUCACAAGUACCGAUCUGUGUCAGGAGUCUGCAACAACAGGAUAAAUCCUCUCUGGGGAGCAGCCGGCUCCGCUCUGGUCCGAUGGCUUCCAGCUGAGUAUGAGGAUGAGGAGGGAGAGCCCAAAGGCUGGAACCCGGAACGACUCCAUAAUGGAUUCCUGCUUCCCUCGCCUCGGCGGGUCAGCAGGGAGAUCAUCAGCAGCUCCUGUAAGCGGGCGGAUGAGGAGUACACCCAGCUGCUGGUGGACUGGGGUCAGUACAUCGACCACGACAUCAGCUUCACCCCUCAGAGCAGCAGCAGCACCGCCGCUUGGACCGACGUGGACUGCUACAACACGUGUGAGAACGUUCAUCCGUGCUUUCCCAUCCAGACCGAUGACUCCCUCUGUUUGCCUUUUCAUCGCUCCACUCCGGACUGCUUUGUCAGUUCUGGUUCUGGUCCAAGACCCGACCUGCAGCGCCAGCAGCUGAACGCCAUCUCUUCUUACAUCGAUGCUUCUGUCGUCUACAGCCACACGCCACAGCUAGAGGGAGCUCUCCGUGACCUCUCUGACCUCAGUGGGCAACUGGCCGUCAACACCCGUUUCACAGACCCAAACGGGAGACCUUAUCUUCCCUUUGUUGCUAAAACUCCUUCGGCGUGUCGCUCGGACCAGCAGGGAGAAAGAGUGGAGUGUUUCAGAGCCGGAGACAGCCGGGUCAACGAGGGACUUCCUCUGAUCGCCCUGCACACACUCUGGCUGAGGGAGCACAAUCGCAUCGCCGAGGCGCUGAAACACAUCAACCACCACUGGAGCCCAGAGAUGAUUUACCAGGAAACCCGCAAGAUUGUCGGUGCCCUGCACCAGAUCAUAACGAUGAGAGAUUAUGUCCCAAAAAUAAUCGGUCUAGAGUCGUUGGAGCGCUACGUUGGGCCCUAUGGGGGAUACGACCCCACCAUAGACGCUUCCGCUGCUAACGUGUUCGCCACAGCAGCCUUCAGGUUUGGACAUGCUACCAUUUAUCCAGUCCUCAGCAGAUUCAACGAGAGCUUCCAGGAGCACGAGCGCUUCCCCCACCUGAGACUUCAUGAGUCCUUCUUCAGUCCCUGGAGGAUCGUCAAAGAAGGUGGGAUCGAACCGACGGUGAGAGGUCUGAUCGGGUCGCCAGCACCAGCUGUGAGUCCAAACUCCCUAUUGGUAGAAGACGUAACGGAGAUGCUGGUUGUCCUCGAUACCCGGCGGCACAUGGACCUGGCUGCCCUUAACCUGCAGAGGGGGCGGGACCACGGACUUGCAGGAUACAAUGAGUGGAGGGAAUUCUGUGGAUUGAAACGGAUUGAAACCUUGGAUGAGCUCACGGAGGCUGUGAGAGAUUUCAGGGUUGCACAAAAAAUCCUAAAUGUUUACAAACAUCUGGAUAAUAUUGACGUUUGGCUCGGGGGACUGGUUGAAAAGUUCCUACCCGGGUCGAGAACCGGUCCGUUGUUUGCCUGUUUGAUUGGGAAGCAGAUGAAGGUUCUCCGUGAUGGAGACAGGUUCUGGUGGGAAGCGGAGGGCGUUUUCACGCAGCAGCAGCAACAGGAGCUUUUGAAGGUUUCUUUGUCUCGAGUUAUUUGUGACAACAGCGACAUCCAGGAAGUUCCUCCUGAUUCCUUCAGAUAUGGAAAGUAUCCCACAGAUUAUGUCAGCUGUAGAGAUGUGGCGUCCAUGAAUCUGGAGGUUUGGAGGGAGGAGGAAAGCAAAGAUCUGCAACAGUGUGGUUCUCCUAGACCAAUAAAAAAUGGAGACUUCAUAUUUUCCUCCAAAUCUGGGAAGCUGACAGCGCUCUACUCUUGUUACCAUGGUUUCACGUUGGAGGGAGCUGCUGAGAUAUUUUGUGAAGGAGAUCGUUGGAGCGAUGGACCUCCCCGAUGUGCAU